UCCAAGCUGAUCGUGAACUUGUGAUCUUCUUGCCCCGAGUACUUGGAUUAUAGGUGCACCACAUGCUCCUUUGGUACGGUCGCUGUGUUCCCACCUUGCUGUCACUAUGAUCACUGGUGACCACAAACCUUGUGAGAGCUGCUGAGAGACCUAGAAUGAGGGCGAAUCACUCAGAUCACAUUGACUGGAAGUCGGCUGACUGACAUCACUGAAUUUGAAGUAAAGAGGCCCCCUGCCUGGACAGAGGAUUGUGGUCCUUCCUCCAAGACCUCUCUGGGCACAUCUUCCCAUCAUCAUCUAGCAAAGAUGCGUCAGCUCAAGGGAAAGCCAAAGAAGGAGACAUCCAAGGACAAGAAGGAGCGGAAGCAGGCCAUGCAGGAGGCCCGGCAGCAGAUCACUACGGUGGUGCUGCCCACCCUGGCCGUGGUGGUGCUCCUGAUCGUAGUGUUUGUGUAUGUGGCCACGCGCCCCACAGUCACCGAGUGAGCACCUCCAUUCCAGCUUUCCUCUGCAGAGACGCCUACAAUGCCCAGCCCUGAGGAGGAGUGCCCAUCUUCUCUGGUCUUUGACUUGACAAAAAUUUCUCUACUUGUUUGGGGGAGGGAAUUGGGAACAUUUUAUCAGUGAAUGUGCCAUACACCUGAUGGUCCACUUCAUGUGCCUUUCAGACUUCAAAACAGUGUGUGUGUGUGUGUGUGUGUGUGUGUGUGUGUGUGUGUCUUUUCCUCCUGAAAUGAUGCUGAGCUGCACCCGGGGAGCAGAGGCCUCUCUGGGUGAGGCUGUUGGAAUCAGUCCCACCCUCCCUCCAUUCCUGCAACAUACUUUUCCUGCUCCCGUUCGCUCACAACUUUCUAAGAGGACAGCAUUUCUUCUCUGUGCUUGAUGGGAUUUGUUGACUCAAAGUGAAAUAUUUAUUUUUUGAAUAAAGGAGAUAAUAGUCUUAAACUGGA